AUGUCAGUUUCCACCGAGCUGCUCAGGCAGAGAAAGGUGCACCUUCAGACACUGAGGGAGAAGUCAGAGCUAGACAGAAUGACCCCCAGGGAGAGAAUGAGGCUGAGGAAGCUGCAGACUGCUGACGACAAGGCCAGGAGGCUUAGGAGACUUGCUGAGGAGAAAUACCAGGAAAACCACUUCCGAAUGCAGGAGCUGAGGAGCCGCCAUUUCCAGAAAGUCAGUUUGGACGUCUUGAAUGAGAGUGCAGGAGAUGCAGUCCACCAGACUGCACCAAUCACAGCUGAGGACUACCAGUCACUGGGUUGCUCACAACCAAUGGGAAGGCAGCAGCAGGACAAGAUGCGAAUGUCUGAGCCAGUAGGGCAUGAGAUCCCAGAGGACCCUCAGACUGCAGAGGUGUAUUAUUAUAUGGAUGGAUUUGAGUCCUGCACUGAUGAAGAGGAGGAGGAAAGAGAGGAAGGGGACACCGUGACCUCAGAAACCCUCUGUCAUACCUAUGGACAGGACAGCGACCUGGAGGCCAUGAUGAGACACAUGGAGCAGGUUCUGGAAGGAGAGCUCAGCGUGGCUGAAGCAGUGCCAGAAGAGGGCCAGUGGGUCCCCAUGGGGCCUCCAGUCAUCAACAGCACCAUGGCUGAGACAAGGAUUCAGCGCAUGACUGAGUCAGUGUCCCGUCGGCUGGGUCUAACCGUCUUCCAGAGGGUGUAUAACUACCUGAAGGGAGCCAGGGAGAGGCAGGAGGAUGAGGGGAGCAUCAGACAGGCCCUCAGCAGCCUGGUGGAGAGGCCCAGUGAUGGCUUUGAAGUGGACCAACUACUGUACUACGAGGAGCAGCUCCAGGGAGCCAGAGAGGGAGCCAGAGAGGGAGCCAGAGAGGGAGCCAGAGAGGGAGAUAGAGAGGGAGCCAGAGAGGGAGCCAGAGAGGGAGAUAGAGAGGGAGCCAGAGAGGGAGCCUGGUGAAAAACAUGUCUGACACUGACUAACCUGCGAUCAUGUUACAUAUCCAAGCAUUUCAGAAAGAGCACAUCUUGUUGCUCUCCAGGACCAGGGUUGGUGACCUAGUAGAUCAACAGAGAUGACAGACAUUACUUCAUGAUAGACCAGGGUUGGUGACCUAGUAGAUCAACAGAGAUGACAGACAUUACUUCAUGAUAGACCAGGGUUGGUGACCUAGUAGAUCAACAGAGAUGACAGACAUUACUUCAUGAUAGACCAGGGUUGGUAACCUAGUAGAUCAACAGAGAUGACAGACAUUACUUCAUGAUAGACCAGGGUUGGUAACCUAGUAGAUCAACAGAGAUGACAGACAUUACUUCAUGAUAGACCAGGGUUGGUGACCUAGUAGAUCAACAGAGAUGACAGACAUUACUUCAUGAUAGACCAGGGUUGGUGACCUAGUAGAUCAACAGAGAUGACAGACAUUACUUCAUGAUAGACCACGGUUGGUGAGCUAGUAGAUCAACAGAGAUGACAGACAUUUACUUCAUGAUAGUUAUUUUCUUUUUGUUCUUCCUGUCAUUUCCAUCUAGAAGAACAAGCAAUUCAAUUAAAUCAAUAUUAAAUAUUAGUGCAUAGAUUUUGGGCUAGUUUCUAUCAGAAUGACAUAGUGGUUGUUUUUGCGGUGUUAAAGGGGGAACUGCGUUAGAGCUGUCAAAAAUCCGAAAGCGGUUCAUUUCGUUAGCUUGAUAUGACAAUUUAUUGCAACACAAGCACCUGACUUUAUAAACCGACAAAUCCCAUGCAGCAACGUUAUAAGUUCAUGCAGCAACGUUCAAACAUUCAAAUGCGUGAUUACAUUUACAUUACAUUUAAGUCAUUUAGCAGACGCUCUUAUCCAGAGCGACUUACAAAUUGGUGAAUUCACCUUCUGACAUCAGUGGAACAGCCACUUUACAAUAGUGCAUCU